GUUCCUCGAUCCGAGGGAGCAUGCUUUAUCCCCCCACCGGAAAGUGGCUCCUAAUCAGUGACGACAUUUCCCUUCUCAUCGCCCAGUGAAAGUUUUUUUUUUCUGCAAAAGACGCUGGCAGGAAAAAAAGUUUGGAAGUGUUUCAAGAGCGGCGCACUUUAAACUGAUACAGCGAUUUAAAGGAAACGGUGGCAAAACCGGGACAAAAUGUCUUCUCCCUCUAGGCGGCUGCAGACCAAGCCCGUGAUAACGUGCCUGAAGACCUUCCUUAUUUCUUACAGCCUUAUAUUCUGGUUCACAGGAGUCAUUCUGCUGGCUGUGGGUGUUUGGGGAAAGGUGAGUCUAGAGGCAUACAUCUCCUUGGCGACGGAUGAGGGCACUAAUGCCCCUUACGUCCUCAUUGGAACUGGGGCCGUCAUUGUCAUCUUUGGCCUGUUUGGCUGCUUUGCAACUUGCAGAGGAAGCACCUGGAUGCUGAAGCUAUACGCCAUGUUUUUAACGCUGGUGUUUUUGGCCGAACUUGUGGCGGGAAUCUCUGGCUUCCUCUUCAGACACGAGAUAAAAGCCAAAUUUAGCAGCAAGUAUGACGAAGCUGUUAAAAACUACGACGGUAAGGACCACAGAAGCCAGGCGGUGGACACCAUCCAGAGGAGUCUGAAAUGCUGCGGUGUGAGAAACUACAAAGAUUGGGGGAACACCAGCUAUUUCAAAGAGGACGGCGUUCCCGCCAGCUGCUGCAAGGACACCACCCACUGCACUCCGGAUGUCCGCAAAGACCUGGAGCAGGCCGCCGACGAGGUGUACGGCACGGGAUGCUUCGUGCUGGUGACGGACGUGAUGGAGUCCAACCUGGGAAUCAUUGCGGGCAUAUCCUUCGGAAUAGCUUUCUUCCAGCUCAUUGGGAUAUUCCUGGCCUGCUGCUUGUCCCGGUACAUCACCAACAACCAGUAUGAGAUGGUCUAGCCUCAAUACGGGAGCUGCUGUCUCGCGUGAGGACGCAAACGGAUGAAGCAAUGAUUGAUGCUGCCUUAAAGGGAACUCUCAUAGUUUUUAAUCUUGUAUUUCUGUGUCUGUGCGUUUGUUAGCCCUUUUCGUUUUAGAAAUGUCUCUUACUGCUUUUUAAGUCUUUCGUUUCACUGUAGCUUCUGAAGGGAAGAUAAAAUGAGAAUUACUUAAGGGAUCAAGCGUGAACUGUCUCAAGUGUUUCAAGCUUCUAAUGUUCCUUGACGGGAUUAAGUUGUGACUUAUGCCUGUAACUUAUUUUCAGAUAAGAUGUGAUAUAUGGUUUGAAAUCUGCAUCAUGAAAAUGUAUUGAGUUGGUGGAGUCGCUGUUUUCAUCCUGCCUGAUACAUAUCCUGUCCUUUUUUGUUAUGGUAUUUUUUGCUCUCUGCUGGACUUCGGAUUUAUGGUUAUUGCAUCUCGGCAUUAGAAAGUAAUAAAUAACAUUAUCAGUAAAUUAAUGGAAUUAUGGUCUUGAUUAAAAUUUUGCAUUUCUCUGUGUUGCUA